ACUGACGUUACGCCUGAGCCUCGGUAAUGGUAAGUGACAGAGGGUGAGGAAGACGAGGCGAAACUUUUUCAGCUACUAGUUGCUAUUGGUUGUUUAUAUGCUUGACAACAACGGUAGUGUCACUUUCUUCUACUUUGACUGUAAGUCAGUGUUAUUGUCGGUUGAGUGAGAAUUUACCGUCUUCCGUGUGUGGCUAACUAACAUUAAAGUCGUGAACGGUGGUCUGUCGGUCACGAAGUAGCUGAAUUACACAGAAGUUUGUUCGACUUCAAGUUAGUUAAAUACGUAGAGACGCCGAAGAAAAGAAGCUAUGACCAACAGAGAAGACGAAUAUGACUAUCUUUUUAAAGUGGUGCUGAUCGGAGAUUCAGGUGUGGGGAAGAGUAACCUACUGUCUCGCUUCACCCGAAAUGAGUUCAACCUGGAGAGCAAGAGCACCAUCGGGGUGGAGUUUGCUACGCGCAGCAUCCAGGUAGAAGGCAAGACCAUCAAGGCUCAGAUCUGGGACACAGCGGGACAGGAGCGAUACCGAGCUAUCACUUCUGCGUACUACCGUGGAGCAGUUGGAGCUCUCUUGGUUUAUGACAUUGCCAAGCACCUGACGUAUGAAAAUGCUGAGCGCUGGCUGAAGGAGCUGCAGGACCACGCAGACAGCAACAUAGUUAUCAUGCUAGUGGGCAACAAAAGUGAUCUACGCCACUUAAGAGCGGUGCCAACAGAGGAGGCCAAGGCCCUUGCAGAGAAGCAUGGCUUGUCUUUCCUGGAGACAUCAGCGUUAGACUCCUCUAAUGUGGAGCUGGCUUUCCAGACUAUUCUCACAGCCAUCUACAACAUCGUAUCACAGAGGCAGAUGUCAGGGCGAAGCGACUCAGACUUCUCACCAGCCUCCAACGUAGUGCCCAUCACGGUUGAGCCCACCCAAAACUCAGCCACUAAGGGUGUCUGCUGCCAGAGCAACUGAGACCUUACCACUGACCUCCUCCUUCACCUCCAGGCAUUUUGGAGAAACAGCCAGAUAGACAAACAGAGACAGGGAGAAUGGAGAGACAGGUAGAGAUAACCAUUUCACACAAGGACACUUGUACAGGGGUUGAUUUGUCUGGUUAAGAAAACGUAAUACAGUUGAAGAGGGAGACCAGUGAACAAGGGAUCGUAAAGAAGGGGGGUCACGAUCAGAACUGAUUUACAAUCUAAUGAAAAAUGUAACCCAUUAUGAGGUCCCUUUUGUAUCUCAUCACGAUUUCUGUCUUUGAAAACUGUCCUCUAUUUUGAAAGCUCUAUUUUACAAGCCAGUAAAUGCUUUCUCUCAGUUUUCCACCACCAGGAUAUUGGGCAAUAAAAAUCCACAUCCAAAAGACUGAACUGCAACCCCUCUGUGGCCACCAUCAUUCCCAUUUUCCCUAAAUGUAUAAUAUUCAGAAAAUAACCUCCCUUACUAUAUUUAUUGAACACUAGAUUAAGGUCUUGUUUGGCCAAAGGGUUUGCGAUUAAACACUAUUUGGAUUAGAUUUUCCACACUCAUCGCUUUGCAGCAAAGGUAGCUCUUGCCCAAAAUCAUAUAUCUACUGUAUGUGAAGAAGCUAGUAAGGGCAACUACCCCUCACUAAUGGAGGAACAAAGGCUUCAAGUCAUGUUUCCUAAACGCACAUGCUGGAAUUUGGUCAAAGUUGGUUGGUUCAAGUUGUGUUCCACCGGACCACACAGAGCAAUAACAUCGCUCCCUACCAGUGACAUGUAAUUUCUUUUUGAUUGCUUUUGAUCUUUGUUUGGAAGGCUUUCCUGCUCUGAGCACACUUUGUACUCUACAGAUGAGUCAUGCUCUUGCAGCUAUCCCAUCUCAUUUAGAGUUAACGCUUUGCAAAGCUUGCAUUACUAGUUAAUGGUUUAUCUGCAUCACAAGUCAGUUGGAUGGCAGUAUUGGCUCUUUUGAUGACUGUUUCACCCCUGCCCUGAACCUUUGGGUGAAGUGGGAGAGAUUAGGGAAUUGGUUUAAAUGCAUGGGCAACCUUGUGCUGCGGCUGCUGCUUCUGCUUGCUGGGAUAGAUAGAUGGAUAAUGUUUCAGGGGAUGAGGUAGUGAGGGCACUCAGCCCUGCCCUGCUCCUGUGGUCUCUGAUGCACCCGAGAUGGCUUGUUUUACUGUAAGUGAAAUCCUCCACUGCCUGCUACCUACUCCUCUCUGUCUCUCUCUACACUGUAUGUAACUGGAACAGGACUCUGCCUUCUGGGAUCUCCCUGAGGUCUGCCCUCGCUCUCACUUGUCUGUAUUUCCUGUGGAGGGGGCGGCGGUUGUAUUCAGGAGCCAGGAUUGGGUUUGUUAGGAUCUAAUAGUUUAAUAGAUGAGGAAAAGGUGAAAGGAUGGUAGUGUUAGGAGGGGCUUAAUUAUUUCCAAAGGUUAUGCCCACAAAUGGUGUUUAUCUUGGUUAAUGUUUCCACAUCAACACUGACUUCUGUUGACUUCACAGGUCUUAAACUGGGUGGUGUAGGUUAGGGCUUUUUAAACAUUUAUUCUAAUAUGUAUAUUUGGACUGCAUAUGUAUAAAUAAAUCUCAUUUGUUAUAGCCUG